AGUGAGGGCUCGCUCGGCCGUCUCAUUCCUGGCAAAAAAGACAACAACGCAUGGCCGCCCGUUACAAUGCCCAGCCCUCCUUCCCUUUCUCCGCCAUCUUAAAAUUGGGCAGGGAAGACGAGGGAGUCAAAUGCAGCGUCGCUUGGUCAACGGGCCUCCUUUCAACUGCCAAGUGUCCCGGAAGUCGAGUGAGGGAAGAGGAAGUCGAGUGAGGAGCUGCCACUUGGCCUUCAUGGCAACAGCUGAGGGAGCUGGGCAUAUGCUGGCGGCAGGGAUGGUGGCGGGAGGCUGAGGCACAGGCCGUUUCUCGGGCUCCCUUGUAGCUUUCUCGCUCUGCGUGACGGGAGCCGGCCUGCCUGUCUCUCCGCGUGCACCGCAAGGGCGCCUGUCCUUCGAGCUGCGGGUCCGAGGGACGGGAGGCAGCCUCCAGGGGUUGGUUCGGGGCCUCCGAGCCUCUCCGCGGAGGCAGCGGGCGGACGGGGCCUCGGGGGGAGUUUGCGGCGUCCCAGGCGCGCAGGUGUCUCGCGGGGUCUCGGCCUGUUGCGGGCGCGGGAGGAGGCGCCGCUGUCCCGCUCGCUGCUUCAUGCGACCCCUGAGGCUGGCUCCCCUUCCGCAGCCGGGAAGGCGAAUCCUCUCGUGAGUCGGAGCCCCUGCGAGCAGCUCGGCCGAGGAGCAGAAGCCGGCCAUGGAUGACUUCUUGUCGAUCAGCUUGCUCUCCCUGGCUAUGCUGGUUGGCUGCUACGUGGCCGGGAUCAUCCCUUUAGCGGUGAACUUUUCCGAGGUAAGGAGGAGGCUCCCGCGUAACUGUCCGUCCGCUUUUGUAACGGAGACGCGCAGGAGCGAGUUCGUCCGGUGUAUGUGUGUGUGAGAGACAGACAGACAGACAGAACCGCCUGCUUUUUCAAAAAGGGUGAGGCAGCAAAUGAGAAACAUUGAGAGAAAGCAACUUAAUAAAUGCUCUGGGUAAACGAAAGCCUAACCUGCAAACUUAGCCCACCUUUUGAAAUAGGGUACACGUCCCAGCUACCCAUGAUCCAAACGUCACGAUUUCCGUGCUCUGCGAUGACUAGGGGGGAAGAAGAGGUGGCAAAAAUUGGAGGUUUUAAAAAAGCAAAAGCAGCGUUUUGAGUUCUCUCUGUGAUUAACUGUAAUUUUUACUUGACUAAGUUCCCUCUGAUCUUUAACUCCCUCUGCUAAGGGUGUGUGUGGUGCAAAUGUUGGUAAAGGUAAGUAGCUUUAACAUUUGUAUUGUGUGGCUUGGUUUGUAUAGCUUGCAGAAAUGUCUUGUGAAAUCCAAAUUACUGAGAACUCGGUAUUCUUUAUACUAAAAAUGUUGAUAUAUUUUUUAUCACUUUGUUAUUGUCCUUUACUGGUAACUCAAACUUGAACAAGGAAACUUUUUUCCAUAACCUCUACCUGUUGCCUCACAUCUGUCCAUUUGACAGAGUAUCUCUGAUUCUUCUGAUCUUAUAUGUAAAAAAAAUUUGCAUGCAUAGCACUAGGGUUGUGUUGUGAUAAAAACUUUCUGAAAAAUACUUUUUGAAGCUUCCAUGGUGUGUGCGUUUUUUUGGGGGGGGGGUGAAAUUUGAUGCUAAAGGUUAAAUGUACAAGACAAACAAUCACCCGAUGUUUCAUGUAUUAAAGGCAGUACUUGAGUUCUUAUAUGGGCUUUCAUUUCUUAAGAAAUGGCAUCAUAUUUAAAGGAAGCAUAUAUGCUAAAUAACACUAUUAGAAAAGAUUUCUAUAAUAUGCGGCAACUACUUUAUUGUGAGAAACAUGAAUGGCACGGUUGCUUUUGAAUACUUUUUACUGUACUAUGAUUUUUCUCUUUGGGAGAAUUGACUGUAAAGUGCUGAGCUAUAACAAGUAAUUUGAAAAUAUUGCUGGUUUAGAACAAGUAGUUGGAGUAGGCAGCUUCCUUAGUUGUGUAACUUUUGUAGUGAAUGGCACCUUUUCAGCUUAUUGCAAGCUAAUUGCAAGUUUUUCCAGAAAUCUUGGAUGUACUGUACCUUUGGGCCACAGUGGCUGAGGAGCUAUGUAUUUGGAAGAUGAUACUACAUUUUUCUACAUGGCUGGUUAAAUAAAAGCCUGGUUUGUUCAGUUCCUAAUUCCACUGCUGGAAGCCUCCUCUGGAUCUCAGUCCCUUAUGCAAACAGAAGGAGCCCUUCUACCAACUUGCUUAAGCAAGCUAGGGCAGUGUAAUACAUUAAUAUUAAGUGGUGCUCAUAUUGGAAAUUCUCAAAAUGGGUUUUUAAAGCACUGCACAUUUGUUAUGUGUAUGUGGUCCAGAGACCUCUUGAUCGACUAUCGCUUCCUGCAGUGUAUGCCCACAUUAGAUUUUGGAGAUUUGUAGGGUUUCUGUAGAUAGCUGUGUGAAUCAGUCCUUGGUAAAAUGCCAGUUCAAAUACAUGUAUUCAGAAUUGCACUAUUCGGUUUCUCUUUUUUAAACAGUUAUUUGCAUUUUUGCUUUCCUGUUUUGCCAAGAUGAAAGGCAAUGAGAGGAGACCCACCCUUGCUUUCUAGCUUAGAGCUGGCAAGAAGUGACACUGCAAUUGUACUGUGUUUCAGAAGGCACAUUACAAUGAUCCAUCCUGCUGCUAUGCUGCUCCAAGCUACAAACAAAAGUUGGGAUAGCCAUUUUUGUGGUAAGGUGUGUAAAGUGCCACCACUGCCCAUCACAAAAAAGCCCCAGACUUAUUCUCCAGCUCCAGAGUUUAAGGUUGGGGUUGUCAGUGGGCAGGCAAGACGCUUGAAGUGCCACAUCUGGCUAGCACCAAAACAAGUUUCUGUUCCCCUCUCCCAAUUCUAAUAUCAAGAGCUCAGGUGUAUAUUUGAGCAAACAAUAUCUAUCCAAAAAUUAUUUGUGUGUCAUAAUUUUGGUUCUUAUGAAAUAUUCAUUCUGAAUUUUACUUGCAGGAAAGAUUGAAGCUGGUCACAGUCCUUGGUGCUGGACUUCUUUGUGGAACUGCCUUGGCUGUCAUUGUGCCUGAAGGAGUACAUGCACUUUAUGAAGAUAUCCUGGAGGGUGAGAAAACAACACUAUUAUUCUGGUGCAGAGUAUGUGGGUUAAACGAGGUAACUGUUAGGUGCACUAGUAGCUGGUUGACUGACCGAACCCAAAGAGUACUCAUUAAUGGUUCCUCAUCAUCCUGGAAAAAAGUGACAAAUGGGGUGCCGCAGGGUUCUGUCCUGGGCCCGUUGUUGUUCAACGUCUUUAUAAACAACUUGGAUGAAGGAAUUGAGGGGAUGCUCAUCAAAUUUGCAGAUGACACCAAACUGGGAAGGGUAGCUAAUGCCACAGAAGAGAGCAUCAGAAUUCAAAAUGACCUUAACAGAUUGGGACACAUGUAAGGUUUUGCACUUAGGCAGGAAGAACCAGAUGCACAAAUAGAGGAUGGAGGACCUCUGGCUUACUAGCAGAACAUGUGAAAAGGAUCUAGGGGUCUUGGUGGACCACAAGCUUAACAUGAGUCAACAGUGUGAUUCAGCAGUAAAACAAGCUAAUGCUAUUCUAGGCUGCAUCAACAGAAGUAUAGUGUCCAGAUCAGGGGAAGUAAUAGUACCACUGUGUACUGUGGUCAGACCACACCUGGAAUACUGUGUCCAGUUAUGGGCACCACAGUGUAAGAACGAUGUUGACAAGCUGGAACGUGUACAGAGGAGGGCAACCAAGAUGAUCAAGGGUCUGGAAACUAAGCCUUAUGAGGAGCGUUUGAAGGAGCUGGAUAUGUUUAGCCUGGAAAAGAGGAGAUUGAGAAGAGAUACGAUAAUCGUCUUCAAAUAUCUUAAGAGCUGUCACAUGGAGGAGGGAGCAUGCUUGUUUUCUCCUGCUCUGGAGGGUAGGACUCGAACCAGUGGCUUCAAGAUGCAAGAAAGGAGAUUCCGACUAAACAUUCAAAAAACUUUCUGACGGUAAGAGCUGUUCAGCAGUGGAACCUCCCAUGAGAGGUGGUGGACUCUCCUUCCUUGGAGGUUUUAAACAGAGGUUGGAUGGCCAUCUGUCAUGGAUGCUUUAGCUGAGAUUCCUGCAUUGCAGAGGGUUGGACUAGAUGACCUUUGGGGUCUCUUUGGUUUUUAUGAAAUAUUCAUUCUGAAUUUUAUUUAUCUAAGAUUCUAUGAUUAAAAAUUCAAGCACUGGUUACUACAGAAGAGAAACUUGUAGUUUAUUUGCAGUCCCAAGUUGUGGUCUUUAUAGACCAUGAGGUAUUUUGAAUUGUAACAGUUGUAGAACAAUUUUAAGCUUUCUAUUUCCAUCAUAAUUAAAGGUCCAAAAUAGAUUAAAGAUCAUAACCAGGAUCUGGAUAACUUUGAAACUUACUUCUGUGAGCCCAAGGAGGAAUUUUGAUUUGUUUUUCUUGACUAACAGCACUCCUUGCCACAUGGCAGUCGGUUUUUGAAAUGGAGGGGGCUUUCAAAAGCAGCUUGUGAUAUACCAUGGGGAUUCAAAGAUUAUAAUGUGAAAAAUAGGUAAAAUUCUGGACAGUUCUAUGUGCUUAUUAGAUUUUAAUCCUACCCUUCCUUUGAGAAGACUGUACCUCACAGUGUGGUGUUGUUGCUGCUGCUGCUGCUGCUGCUGCUAAUUUAUUUAUUUUAUCUGCCCUUUACCUUAAGGUCCCAGGACAGGAAACAAUAUUAACAACAAUUUAAAACAACUUACAACCAUAAGAUUAAGGUGUUAGGCUGAGAGAACCAGCCUUCUUUGCACAUCUCAUUUAAAUCAUAAUUUUAAACAAACUAUAGUUUAAUGUAAAUUAGCAUCCUGCUGCUGCACUCUUCUCAAGAAUUCCUUUGGUGCUGCUCCCUCCUGCCAUGCAGAAGAUGAAACGAGCCAGAUUCUGACUUGUCUCAUCUGAACCUGGGCUUAUAAUUUGUUGUGGAGAGGGGAGGAACAAACCACAAGUUUGGGUUUGGAUAACAGGACAAGCCAGCAUCUGACUUGUUUGAUUUGUGAAGAACGUUUGAGCAGUGUGCAUCACCAUGCUGCUCAUUCACAUUAAACCAUAGCUUAGCUGUACAACAGCAGGACCCCAAAGUGGAGCAAGAGGAUCUUAAAUACACCUAAAAAUCUUUACCUUUGCUAGCAUAAAGACUGCAUAGUUUCUCUUUAUUCGAAGGAACCUGUCUGUUUUGUCUAAGGAUGGAGACAGAACUGUGUAACAGCUGGUGUUUGUAUUUUCAGAGAUGAGGAGUUGAGCAUUAUGUGUCUUGCCUUCCUAAAGUGCCUUGGUGCAACCUGAAGCCUGUGUUACACAUAAAAGAGUAUUUUGAAUGUCUGCUGCCUCCUUCUACAUCUCAUUUUUAGACUCUUACCAGAUAUAGAUACAGAUGGUUUUUUCAUCAGACAGCCUCGCCAAACCCCACCCAAGCCAUCUGGAGAACUCAAAACCUUGCACACCAUUUUGCAACAUUUGAGUUGGCCUAAUAAAGAAAUUACCCUAAUAAAGUUUUUGGCAUUCCGCUAAUAGGGUACCUUUGCCUUAGAUGAAUGCUUCACUUUCCAAUUGUUAAUCAUUUGGAAACAGAUACAUCCACCCUGCAAAUAAGGGUGAAUAAGAAUAUAUUCACUGUCCUCUUUGUUGCUCAUUCCCCAUCUCCUUAACUGUCUCCUCUUUCUGUUUACUAACUCUUUCCAUCUGGAAAAUGUGAUGCAGCUCAGAGAGCUGGGGAGGCGGAUGACUGAGCCAUGUUGGUGUUACAUCCUGGGGCAGCCUUUUUCAACCUAGGGUCCCCAGAUGUUGUUGGACUACAACUCCCAUCAUCCCUAGCUAGUAGAGCCAGUGGUUAGGGAAGAUGGGAGUUGUAAUCCAACAACAUCUGGGAACCCAAGGUUGAGAAAGGCUCCCUGGACAUAUAACAAUCUCUUCCUGGGAUAUAAAGAACACCACAUAGCUAUCCUGAUUACCUCAUAUGCUAUAGAGAAUUUGGUUAUCAUUGCAAUAUUCUAUUUCCAAAAGCAGGAAAGAGUGCUUUGGGACUAGUAGGGCAACAAAUUGUUUACCAACUUUGACAAUUAAAAAUAAGUUGGGAAUGUAACGUUUGAGGCUUCUGUGUUAUAACUCCAGAUUGUCCUGUUUUUGUUUCUUCUAGCAAAGCACCACCCAGCUAGCGAGACUCAAAAGAUGGUUGAAUCAGAAAAAGCAGCAGAUGUGCCCGUAGUACAUGACCAUGUCCACAGCCAUGACCAUUCAAGGUUACAUGCUUAUAUUGGUGUUUCCCUGGUCCUUGGGUUUGUCUUUAUGCUUCUGGUAGAUCAGAUUGGCAGUUCUCAUGUCCACGCUACAGAUGGUAAGUCUUAACUUUUAUGGACACAUAACCAGAAUAAAUGACGAGGGCCUUGAAAUAUUCAAGUAACUGAAUGAAUAUUCUGGUAUUCACUCUUAAGUAAAACAAUUUGUUAUACACUCACUGAUGUAAAGAAAAUGUUUCAUAAUAUGCCAGAUUUUUACAGUUAAACAAAAAAGUACACAGUAUGACAGCUUAGUUUUAAAGUACUGGGUAAAUGCGGUCUUAAUUCAGGAAAUAAUAGCAAUCAGUGAAAAUGCAGCUACUUGUAUUUUAUUUAUUUUAAUAAAUUUAUAUCCCACUUUUCAGGAAAUGCUAAACAAACAAAUAACAAAAAGUAUAUGAAACAGUCCAAUGAAACACAGAAAAUUGAUUUAAAAAUCCAUAGAUAAAAUACUAGAAACAACAAGCAGCAAUUAAUAUAUAUCCAGGGCCAGUUGCAGCAAACAGACCCAUCACAUAAAAGCAAGAAUAGAAUGGGCAAUAGGAAAACUGAAGUUUAAUGUCUCUCAAAACUUUUUGGAAUAUUCCACCUUCCCUUAAUUCUAAACAUAAUCUGAAAUAAAGAAACAGGCGACCUUUUAAGAAGUUGUAGUUUGGUUGCAGUUGAAAGGUUGUGCCUUAAUGCCUGUAAUAUUUUCCUUUAGGGGUCUCUUCCUGCUUAUUUGUAUCUUAUUUGCUUAAGAUUCCUUUAUUAUUUCAGACCCAGAAGCAGCAAGGUCGGGCAAUUCCAAAAUUACUACCACACUGGGACUAGUUGUUCAUGCUGCAGGUAGGUUACUGUUUUUCAUUUCUGCAUAAUGCCAAAGACCUUCAUAUAUUGUCAAGUCACCUGGGUUAGAAUUAGGGUUGCUUUGCUAAAUGUGACACAAGUAAUUAGUCCUUUGCAUCAUGCUUGCUAUAGCCAGCUCCAGGCUAACUGAACAUUAUCUUGUAUUGAAGGAGCUGGGAGAGAGAAGACUGUCAUGAAGCUCAAGGAGAUGUACCUAAUGGGGACAUGCAAUUCAGUGCAUAAGCAAGAAGCAUCACAUUUGCUUUUAAUUUAAGUUUUUUUUCUGAGGGGUGGGGGAAGCUUCUGGUUCAGGUCUCUGGAGUGGAAUAAGAGGUGUGUUGGUACGCUUGUUCCUUGCAUAAAUUGGUCCCAGUAAGCCUUUGAUCAGUGGGUGAGUUCACUUUUGUGUGGUUUGGUUUUUUUCCAUCCUCAUUAAGCUGAUGGUGUUGCCUUGGGUGCGGCUGCUUCCACAUCUCAGACCAGUGUCCAGCUAAUAGUGUUUGUUGCGAUUAUGUUACAUAAGGUAAGUUUUGAGUCUCAAACCUUUACAUAUUUCUUGUUUGCUUGUUAAAUUUAUUACAGUUCUAGAGCACCUUUCAUCUGAGCAUCACAGGGCAAUUUACAACACAAAAAUGUGUAAGAUAGUAACAAACAAAAACAAUACCCGCCACAGUUUAAAAGGCCAUAGAUUGGCUCAUUAGCCAAAGGCCUGGGAGAAAAGUUGUUUUUGCCUGGUGCCUAAAGAUAGAUAAUGAAGAUACCAGGCAAGCCUCCCUGGGGAGAGCAUCCUACAACGGAGCCACCACAGAAAGGGCCCGUUCUCAUUUUGCUGCCCUCUGGACCUCUCAUGGAAGAGGCCUCAGAUGAUGAGCACAAGGUCCAGAUCUGAUCAUAUGGCAAGAAAAGGUCCUGAGCCAUUUAAGGUUUUCCUUCAAAACCAGCACUUUGAAUUGGGCCCAGAAACUAAUUGGCAGCUAGUGCAAUCGGACCAGGAUUGGCACUCUGUGCUGAAGCGAUCUUGUCCUGGAGAGCAACCCGCCACUGAAUUCUGCACCAGCCGAAAUUUCUGAACCAUCUUCAGAGGAAGUCCCAUGUAUAACACAAUGCAAUAAUCUAUAUAUUUCACUAUCAGCUGUUACGAAUUUGAAAUUGUAACAGAAAUUCUCUCUGGUUGUAUAAAUUUAGAUUCAAUAAACUGUGUCUUAAGACAUCCACACAUUUUCUUAUUUUUUCUUUAGUUGGCAUACAAUUAUAUAUUGCAUCCUAGUAGUAAAGAUAUGCAUUUAAGUGUGUGGUAUCUGACAUCUUUCUGAUAGCCUAGGAUGGGAAAGGAGUGAUAAAAGGUUGAAAUCAGAGUCCUUUCCCUGUGAGGAAAGAGUCAUUUUAGCUUAUUUUAAAAAGCAGAAAAGGGAGGUCAUGCUAGAAGGUUCUAAAUCUAUGAGUUGAGAAUCUCCCCACUGUACUCCAGGUCACAUAGUGAAACUUCCUUGUUGGUAAGUUAGGAAUAGAAGUGCAUUUUCCAGCAGAAACUUGUGAUUGAUGCUGCUUUGACGUUAAUAAAUAUAAAAAUGAAGGUGGAAAAGACCAUUUAUAGCCUACUUAAUGUGAUUUUGAUGAUUAUGCAAACCUUUGAGCUGUGAAGUGCUAAUAGCAUGCUUUUUGAAAGGCAGUUUGUAAAUCUAAUAAGUAAUAAUGAACCGCUUCAAACCUCAUGCUCAGAAUAACCAUAAAUGCAUAGAAAGCUACACACAGCAUGGCUACAGGCUAGUAGCAGUGUGGCUAGCUGAACACUGAAUUUCACAUGAGCAGAAAGAGGGGUGUCACUUUCUUUUGUAUUUGGUAAGUAAGAGUUUUGUUGACUGUUUUUUCUCUUGUAGGCACCAGCUGCUUUUGGUCUUGUUUCCUUUCUAAUGCACGCUGGUCUUGAACGGAAUCGAAUCAGGAAGCACUUGCUGGUUUUUGCACUUGCAGCCCCUGUUCUGUCAAUGGUGACUUAUUUGGGACUAAGCAAGGUAAAUAUUUCAGGUCUAACUUUCCAGAAUACUGAUUAAUAGCUGAGGAGCAUGGCCAGUGUUUAAUCAACUCUUCAGAAGUGCUCUAUCUACUCCUUUUGUCACUUUUAUUUGUGAGCCACUUAACACACUACCAUCCAGUUAGUCUUACAGCUGAAAAAAUAGCAGUAUGUCUGCAUGACUGGUAUUUUUUAAAAACUGCAGCUAGACAAUUGCACAGUAACUAAAAACAUAAUGGAUCUUAUAUGGAAUGAAGGGAAUGCCCUUGUGAAGAAAGGUAGAGUGGAAACAAUUUCUGCUGAUUCCGCCUUUCCUUUUUGCCUCCUGAAAAGUUGAUGGGGGGGGUUAAGAAUAAACUAGGUUCUUUUAUCUGUUUAGAUGUUUAGCAUAAAUGAGAUUCAGUAAGCUCUAGAGAGAGAGGGCAAGUAAGCAGUCAGACAACCAAUACGUAUUGGAAUGAUUCUAUAAAAUUGCUUUAUUGAUUAACAAACAUGACAUAUAACAAGAUGAGGGAACAUGCACUCAGUCAAACACCCACACAUGCAUACACACUCAACUCUCUCUUCGCCAGAAGUGAUCAAGUUCUAGUAAGAGUUAUGGGUGGCAGACUUCAGGAUCCCAGUCCGGCACACAGCUUAGUCCAAGACGGUCUAAUCUUAUAUGCUCUUCUCGUUGUGCAUCUGAAUCUCAUAUUCCUGAGUGAAUGUUCCUGGCAGUCCUUAGCAUGUUCUUGGCACAUUGUAAUACUUAUUAUUUGUACUUGAUCUUCUGUAACUUCUGGCACAGUACAAUACUCAUUGUUUGUAACUAGCAUUGCAUGGCUGGCCUUUCACGCUUCCUUGCAGGUGUGGUACUUUUUGCCAGAACAUGAACAUCCCAUCUUUGAUCAACACAGUUCAGAAAUAGUUCAUUAACAGCAUCCAAUUUGGGUGAUGGUCUUCAGCCAAUCUUGUGGCUCAUUCAAAGCAUGUCAUUCAUAACAGGAUAACCGUCUAGAACAGUAUGGGAAAUGGUAAUUUAAGGAUGAUUGGGUAGAAAUUAACUGCCCCCACCCCCAGCAAGUACCCCCCACGGGAUUAGAGUCCCUUCUGCAACUGGCAGGAGCCCUUUACCCACAGAAGAGCAUGUCUGGAUCCAACUUUGUUAAUGGUUCCUUGUGCAGACAUGCUUUGAAUGAAAACCAUUGUUUGGCUAUUUAUUUCAUAAAAUUUAUACAUUGUUUGAUUGUAAAAAACAAACAAACAAACAAACAAACACCCUCAAAGUGGUUUACAAAGAUUAUAAAGCAAUAAACUUGUCAGUAAAAACCACUAUUCAAAACAUUGAAUAAAAUAAAAUCAGCAGUAAACUAAAAACCAGUUAAAACACACAUCAACAUACUAUAUAGAUGACAUAUCUGGGUAGGCUGUUUGAACAAAAAUAUUUUUAGCAGAAGCUGAAAAAAGGGCAAGCCUGCGUGGUGUCAGCUGCCUGGUGUCAGUAGGCAGGGUGUCAGUCCCAAAGUGUGUGUGCUGCCACACUAAAUACAGAAGAGGUAGUAUGUGGCACCUGUAACAGCACUAAUUCCAUAUACUGAAGUGUUUGAGUAGAGUGCAACAAGUGCAGAAUAAAGAUCACUUCAAAGUCAAGCAACAUUAUCCUCAAAGUGUGUAACCAGUUAGUCACAGUAGGUCUUUGAAAGAGGUCCCUCCCACACCAGGGAGUCAGUAACUUCCAGACUGUCCCAAAUAACUGCUACCGACUGCAAGAGGAUGCAAUGCGAGCUGCAAAAUGAGCUUUUUUGCAGCUCGCACUGCCACAUGGUAGGCAUAAUUACGUGUUUGGUCAACUUCACAGCAGGGCUUGAGCCAUUUGCACUCAGGUCUUCAUCCAACUUGUUCUGUAGCCUAGAGCAUCUCAGAAUACCAAAGGGCUGCUUGGGCUCCACAAUGCCAGAAAGGACGCAUGGGAAUGUUUGUGUCAACCACACGUUUCAUUGCACAAUUCCAUAGCAAGAUCAAGAAUCCUUAGCUUUCUCCACUGGAAAAUCCCCCAGAGCGUUCAGGAACACAUCAGUUUCCAUCAGUCUCUGAGUGCAGGCCAUCUGAGUGGGCCCACCACCCUUACAGGGGGGAAAUUAUGAUUUCAUAAUCAAUAUUAUGUUAACCAUCUGUAGGCAUUCUGUUUUUGCAAUGACUAGUGCAUGUGCAUUAAAGAUAAUAAUCUUUAGGGGGGCAAUGAGGGAAGAUAGCUGUAAAGGUAGCUUGAUUUUUUGAUUGCAGAAAUCCUUUUAGGUCAACAUUAACAUUUCUUCAGAGUUGACUUCUUCCCUGGAAUAAGUUACAAGCAUUAUUAAAGACAGAUCAACUCUGUGUUUUCUCUCCCUUGCCACCCUCUUCUUUUACAGAGCAGCAAACAAGCACUUUCAGACGUCAAUGCCACUGGAGUCGCCAUGCUUUUCUCUGCUGGAACUUUUCUUUAUGUUGCCACAGUUCACGUUCUCCCUGAAGUGGGCGGAAUGGGACAUAGCCACAAACCUGACUCUACUGGAGGCAAAGGACUCAGUCGCCUGGAGGUGGCAGCAUUAGUUCUCGGCUGCCUGAUUCCUCUGAUUCUGUCCAUUGGACACCAGCAUUAAAGGUCUGAAGUGCAGCAAUCUUCUCCUCAGUCUCUGAUGUGAGCAGCAAUCUGGUGUGUCAAGCUGCCCUUUUAUCAUUCUCUCUCUUACCCUGUUAACCACCCCAUCUCUUUUAAGGAGUCAGAGAGACGCAAAGGAGGAUUUCUGGGAAAGCUUGUUAGCAUAGGAGAUGAUACUCUCGACAGCCGGAUAUAAAUUCUGCAUUACUUCCCUUUUCUGAAGAUGUUUUAAUUAUGACUUCCUGCCCUAUUCUCAGGGAAGUUGGAAUUUAGAGAUUCUAUGGCAGAUGAUUUGGGAAGGACUUUGUGGCUCAUCAUGAAAGCAUAAUCAAAAGUAUUCCAUAUGUCAGCAUUCACAGCUGACCUCUUGACAUUGGAUGCUGCCUUCUGACAUCUGGGACUAGUUUUCACCUCCAAGAUUUUUCAUGUGAUAAUGAUGGCAUAACUAUCUUGGGAGAUGCAUCUGGUGAAGAAACAUCAACGGGAUAAAGUCCUAGAAAAGAUCUGUACAAGUUAAACAGCUUGAUAGGAUUUUAUAUAUUGCAUUACUAGGAAGCACAUCUAUUGUGUCCCUUGAGUGUUAUCAUCUAUAUGGUAGAAUCAAGGAGUCACAUUGGGCUGAAAAUUAGGUGGUUCUGAGCGCAGAGGGGUAUGUGCUUAUUGAAAUGGACACUGUGCACAUCUACAAAGGCUUAUUCUGCUAAAAUAGACUAAGGUAAGCACUGUUCAUUAAGAGUGAAGGGUGCCCAAAGUAUUUACCUAUACAGAAGCAAAGACCUUAACAUUUCUUGUUAUUACAAACAAGAAACAUUCUAAAUUGUGAGCCUGUCUGAAUUGAGCCUCCCUUUCUUUCUGAAAUCUGAUUCUGAAAUAUUUCAAUCCGAAAUAUUUCAAUCAACAUCGAGUGUAACUGCAAUUCUGAAAUGCAGUGCCUUUCCAUGGAGAAGAGCCUUCCUUUUGGCCUAUAAACUUAACUUCAUUGUGAAAGAAACUGUAAGAGUCAUAGGGAGAAUCCUAAAAUAUCUGAAACUUUAUGUACAUUCUUGGUGCACAAUUUUUACUUCAAUUUGAAACCUUCACCUCCAUUGUUCUUCAGUUAAUGGUCAUUUUACCUUAAAACACACACACAAAACAAGAAGAUGAAUUAGCAGUUUUUUGUAACACUGGUUAUUCUACGUGACAAAUGUUUCCCCAUCUUUUCACAGCCCAGUAGCUCUUACAAUUCUGAUCUCUUCCAUGCCUUCUUCACAUCCUGUAGUUGUUUGGCAUAGUAUACUGGUAUGAUUCCUCAUGAAGGUUUUGUUUUAAUGGGUGAUUCUUGCUUGCUGGUAUUGUUUGGCAUUGGUACAGCAGUGACAGUCAAGAUCAAGAUUUCACCAGGAAUCUUUUUUUAAAAAAAAAUAUAUGGGGGCAUUUAACAUUAAAAAUGUAAGUGAAAAAUCCACACAGAAUCAAUAUUGUAUGUAUCGUCUUUCCUGAAGGCUUAUUAUUGAUCUACUUUAAAAGACCUCAGCAGGCCUCCUCAGUGUAAUCCAUUCUACCAGGUGUAGCGUACCCAACUACAUAAGGGGAUCCACUAGAAGCUUGAAUAAAACACCUGUUGUUGCUUUUUGCCUGCCUGGGACUCUAAGAACCCACAGCUGCUGGGUUUGUGCAACACGGGAUAUAUAGGCCUGCUUUAAAAAAGUAAAAAUGCUUUUGUACUGAUCAAGAGUCUCUUUUGAAGAAGAAUCUCUUCUCUAUGUUGAAAAGAGAAAUACUCUUAAAUCUUGUAAAAAAGAAAAGGUACGGACACGUGAUAUGUGAACCAAGAUGUGCAUGUCACAUCUUCAACAUUGAUGACCAAAGGUAAGUUGGGCACAAGUAUAAUUAAAGGCUCGAUUUGGCCUACUGUGGUGGGCAAGAUGAUGAGAAAGCUGUUCCUGAGCUGGCAGAGAGGAAAACCGCAAAAAUGGGAACUUGUGGGUAAACGGCAAACUAUCUGACAUAGAAGCAAUGGGUGUAGGAAUGGGAAUUGAACCACACUUAGAACAAUUUUUCCUAGUAUAUUUAAUAUUUGGGAGUCAGCGUUGUGAUUCUGGGAUCUUGAAAAUCCUGCUGUUGGCCAGAGUUGCCUUUAGCUGCUCAUUACAUUUUGGAAAGUGGCCAGUACCUGCCUAUAUUGGAUCACUUUGUAUUUAUGAAAACAAGGCCUGCCAGUUCUGCCAUCCCUGUUCGCUAAGUUUUGGCCCAUUAUGCCACUGGUAGGAUGCCUUCAUUGGACUUAGGGCUGCGUCUAGAGCAUUUGCGACAGGAUCUAGAAUUAUACUGUAUACCUCUCACACUGUAGAAUUAUACUGUGUGCAUCAAUUUAAGAGCGAUAAGUCAUAGAGGCAGUGUGUCAAGAUCUUGAGGUUAGAAUGUUGCCAGAAGCAACCUGAUUUUCCACUCUGGCGAUGAGGGUGUCUAGUUGCUUCAUCUGCUAACUACCACAAGAAAAGUAGGUAGCAAAGAGAGGGGAAUAUUUACAUUAUUAACAGCAACCAGAUGUUUCAUCUCUUGUAUCUGUGAGAAUCCUAACUUUAAAGAAUCUUCCAGACUGGUCAUGGUAAAUGUGGAUUUAUUUCAAUCUUCACUUGAAAUGAGGGCUUUGUAGUCUAGUUCUGCUCUUAGUUCUUAGUAGUAAAAUACAAAUUCCAAUCUAGGCUUCACAGUAGACUCCUAGGAGCCAUAGACUGCUGAGGAUAAAGGGAUUUAUUAUUUGUAACUACUUACAAAUUCAUGUACUUCCAUUAUUCAUGUCAGUUUUGGACUGCGUUGAAAGUGGAAAUCAGUUUAAGUGGAAAUCAGUAUAAGAUGAGCUCUAUCUGUGUGCAACAUUGUUUGGUCAUUUAAUUGGCUAUCCUGCUUUCAUUCACAAAACAGGGAUGAUCUCUUGCCUGAGUUAAACUUGUUGUAUAACAGCUAAGAGAACAGCAGAGCAGACAUAUCAAGGGAACACCGAAUCUCCAAAUGGUGGAAGGAAACUUCUCAGGAUAACUGAAAAUGAUAAUUUGAAACAGCAGAAAAAAAAUAUUCAGCUGCUCAGAGGGCUCAACAACUCAAAACACUCAGAGCAAGCUUGCAUUUGUAGCCAUCUGUAUUCAAAUGGAGAAAACUUGAACUUGUGUAUGUACUGUUGUUUUAUGCUCUUUAUGAUGAACCACAGGAGACCUGGGUGGGUGGGUGUGCUUACAGAGACAUUUGAAAAUUGAAUGUCUAUUUCAAAAGGAGAUCAGCUUUUCUGUGCUUUGGUUAUGUUUCUGAGCAGCUCGGACUUUGUGGGCACAGCUGUAUACCUGAUUCUGUGUACAAAAGUGUAAUUUUAAUGUUUUUUUUCUCCAAGUCAUUUGUACACAUGAAAUCAUUCCAUGGAUGGCUGCCUUAUUUUUGAUUUUUUCCCCCACUUUGUGAACAUUUUAAAAAAUGUUGAUUUUAUUAUAUUAAAAUUUUUAUUAGCUGCAUUGCU